CUCUCGAGGAUGCGCCCUUAGCGGGGAAUGGGAUAACGAGCUCGCUUCGGUAUCUCUCUGAAAGGCGUUGGUUUGGGGAUUGGUAGCGCUUCCCUUCCGGAUUUAGAUCUCUCUUUUCUUAUCGCUUUUGUCUCUUUUCGUGAAAGGACGCUGGUCGAGAGUCAAAAAGCCUAUUUUUCGACUAUUUCCUGGUUUUUUUCGCUUGUAAUUUGGUAAAGUAACGAAAAGCUGCAAUUUGAUGUCAGUUUGCUGGAUUUUAUGUGUGGUAACGCACUAAAUUUUCCUAUUUGGGAGCAUUUAUGGAGGUAGAGAUAGGGGAUUCGGUUCAUGGUGCUUGGUUGAGAGAUUCUCUUCCCGUUUGAUUGGUUUGGGUUGAGGAAUCGAGUUGGUAGGAGGCCUCCACGUCUCGUUAAAAGCCGCCGGUUGUGUUUCAUCGGUCUGCGUGAGAGUUUUUGGAGUUCGAUUUGAAGGAAAUGGUGCUUUGGUUGUGAAAGUUAGGGUUUUGUUUCGUCUUUCCACUUAAGGUUUGCAUUUCCGCAUCAUCAUCAUCAUCAUCAUGUCUUCUACCUUGUUGGCGGCUCCAACUGGCGCUCGUAGCAUGAUGGAGGAGAUGCUGAUUGCGAUCAGAUUGAGGGAUGAGAAGCCAAAGGACGCCUUACCAGCAUUGCCCGUCCGGCCCACAUUGAGACGACGCCCGCCGUCAUCGAGGAACUCGCUGCCCAUGGCAUUCAAGGGUGGGAGCAUGGCAGAAUGCUCAUCGAGUGGUCCUGAUCCGGCAAAAGAUAAGGCAAGGCCGGAACGGAGGGAAUUCAGUAAUGGCAGCUCUGUAAAAGAUAGAUCAGAAAAGGUGAAUCAUCUUGAGGCCGAAGAGUUAGUGAACUAUGAAGAAGUGCCUGGAAAGUCCAUUGUUUCGCAGUCCUCCAUGGCAGGUCCGGUGGAUGAGAAGCUUGGACACGGCACUCGCAAUGGUUUUGUUGAAGAGGAGGCUUCAAAAGAAGAUGGCCAGAAGGUGCACCCUUCGAGGGUGGAUGACCUUGAGAAUCUGGUUUUAAAGACAAAGGCAGAACUGCGACAAAAAGAGGAGGAAAAUGUUGCAUUAUUGAAGCAAGUUCAACAGUGUGAGAAAAAGUGGUCACUGUUUGAGGUAAAACUGAAGUCCAUGGAGGAGAUGUAUCAGACACAAAUAGACACUCUGAAGGUGAAUCUAGCUGCGGCACAGAACAGCAUUGCUGCUGGUGACACAGUUAAGCAACCUCUAAAAUUUGAGGGUGCUAUGUCUGCUGAAGCGCAAACGCCUGAAGAAACACCAAUUAAACAUCAUGUUGCUGAGUCAACAGUCUUAGAUGGCAGAAAUAAUGUUGUUCAUCACUUAACAAAGGAGUUUGAGCAGCAGAAACAGGUGUUCGAGGAUGAAGCGUGUGUCCUUAGUGAGGUGAACUCUGGGCAGUCGGGAUCCGUUGCAAAAUCUAUCGAAGAGCUUCGGAACUUGACGAUCCGCUAUGAAGCUUGGAAGAAGGAAUACAAGGUCCGUCUGCGUGAUGCAAAGGCAUCACUUCUGAAGCUUGGGAAACCAGAAGGCGAGAAAUCGCGGAGAAGAUGGUGGUACAAGAAAAAAAAGAGAAAUUGAACUUUGAUAUGAUGUUAGUGGUGCGCUAGAGCUAGUCGAUACGCUGCCAGUGCCUGAAAGCUAACUCAAGACAUCUACCAUGUCAUAAACACUGAUGCUCUAUGUAAUUCAAGUUAACAAGGCUCUUUGUAUUUCUUGUUUCCUGCUUUGCAGUGCACAAGAGCAUUGUAUAGAACAACAAUUUCAUAGCAUGUUGUACUCACUACAGACAGUUGUGAACAUAAGAAUAAUAAAUGUAAGCAAAUGGUUCAUGUGUUGGAAAAAA